UUUUAUAAUUUUCCUUUCUUUUUCCUUCCCUUCUCUCUCCAUGCCAAUUCACCAAAAUGCCCUCCUUGUUUCGCUCUAACUCAUCAUCUCCCCCUCCCUCGUCCGCUCCGCCUAACGACACCGUCCCUUGCCCUCCCUCCUCCGACGAAAUGUGGAAUUACCUUCUUGUCCCCAUCCUCCUCUACCUCUCAAAAGAACUCUCCCUUGCUAAAGCCCAAACCUCCACUGGACUCCUCCUCCCGAGUCAACGUGGCGACGGCUCGUCCACCGAUUCAUCGACUGCUUCCUCUCCGAGUUGCACGGUUCUUGACCCAAAUCUCUAUUAUCGGCCGGUGAUCGGAAUUCUUACUCAUCCGGGAGACGGCGCGUCGGGGAGGCUGAACAACGACACGAACGCUUCAUACAUAGCUGCGUCGUACGUGAAGUUCGUGGAAGCAGCUGGAGCUCGAGUGAUUCCCCUUAUCUAUAAUGAACCGGAAGAGAUUCUUUUCGAGAAGCUUGAACUGGUUAAUGGCGUGAUUUUUACAGGCGGGUGGGCUAAAUCCGGCUUGUACUUUGAGGUGGCUCAAAAGAUUUUCAAGAAAGUUAUAGAGAAGAAUGACAGGGGAGGCCAUUUCCCACUAUAUGCCAUUUGUUUGGGUUUUGAACUUUUAACAAUGAUUAUCAGUGAAGACAAAAAUAUUCUUGAAACAUUUGCUGCAUCAAAUCAAGCCUCUACUCUCCAAUUUGUGAACAACAUUAAUAUUGAAGGAACAGUAUUUCAAAGAUUUCCUCCAGCUUUGCUGCAAAAGCUAGAAACAGAUUGCCUAGUCAUGCAAAACCAUAAGUAUGGCAUUUCACCAGAGAAACUUGAAAAUACUCCAAACUUGUCCAGAUUCUUCAGGAUCUUAACGACAAACACAGAUGAAAAUAACCAGGUAUAUAUCUCGACCGCACAAGCACAUAGUUAUCCUGUCACGGCCUUCCAGUGGCAUCCAGAGAAAAAUGCUUUUGAAUGGGGCUCGAGUAUGAUUCCACACUCAGAAUACGCCAUUGAAGUGACGCAACAUGUUGCAAACUUCUUAAUCAGAGAGGCUAGGAAGUCGCUGAACAGGCCACCUGUUUGGAAAGUGCUUGAAAACCUUAUUUAUAAUUAUAGCCCCACAUAUUGUGGAAAAGCCGGGAGGGGCUUCGAUGAGGUCUACAUCUUUACACAACGUCAAGCUCGAAUUUGAUAGGGUUGCUCUCGAGUACAGGGCCUCUGCUAUCAUAAGCCAAAGAUGUAUGUUGCUGGAUAUAUGUAUAUUGUUGACAUUGUAUGUGAUUUUAUGGAUUGUGAGAUCUGAAUCACAAUGUGCUUUUAUGGUUUGUGAGUUCUGAAUCCGAUUGCUCUCUUCGUAUAUGCAAGUUAUGGACUGGAACUGGAUGCUUGCUACUAGUAGAAAUAACAGGAAGAGAAUGUUUUCUUUGUA